GCCAGCCACUAGCGUAAACACACGAGCCUAGUCCAUGGCUCAAAGCAUAUGCCCCUUCCGAGCCUCCAUCCUCACGCCCCGUUGUAGCCCUCCCGUCUUUCCACGUCACCCCUCCCGCUUCCCGCUAGCCUCCGCUACCCGCUUCUAACUGCUUCCCGCAUGUGCUGCCUAGGCCCCACCACCAAGAAAGCUGCUUCGAGCCCAAGCUUCAUGACGCAAAACGAAUCGCGGUUCACGCGUCCCGCUUUCCGCUUUCCUGCUUCCCGAUUCCCGCGUCCCGCUUUCUGCUCUCCUGCUUCCCGAUUCCCGCUUGCCCCUUCGCCACUUCCCUCUACUUCCCGCUUUCGCGUCCCGCUUUUCGCUUUCAUCUGCUUCCCGCUUCGCACGUUCCGCUUUCCGCUUUCCUUUCUUCCCCCUCCCGUUGAUUUCCGCUUUCCGCUCCCGCCCCCUGCUUCCCUCUGCUUCCCGCUUCCCACUGCUUCCCACUUCGCGCUCGCCGCUUCCCACAGCGUCUCGUCGGUUCCUGCAGCUCCUCGCUUCCCGCUGCAACCCUCGCGCCUGCUUCCCGCCACCUGCUUCCCGCUACCCGCGACGCGCCCCCGCUCACGCUGCUUCCCGCCUCCCGAUGCUCCUUACCCCCUGCUUCUCGCCCUCACUCCCCACUUCCCGCUGCUUCCCACUUCCCACAUUCCCCAUUCCCGCUUCCCGCUUCCCGCUUCCCGCAUCCCGCUUCCCGCUUUCCGCUGCUUGCUACGUGAGGCGUGCAGCAGGAGAGGGGAUCGGGAGAGAGAGAAACGUCCUUUCAGGGAGGAAAUGAGGCGUAAGGGCAGGGAGUGGGAGAGGAUUCCCUUUACGGAGUGAGUGAGUCGCGAGAUCAGGGGGAGAGUGGCGUCGCUUUAGGGAGUGAGUCAGGCGUGAGAGCAUGGAGGGAGAGGGAGCGAGGUUGAACGGAGGCAGGGAGGACGAGAGAGGCGUGGGAACGGGGUGGGAUAGCGAGUGAGGCGUGGUAAUAACGAGGGAGAGUGAGAGAGACGAGAGGGUAGGAAGGGAGUUGGGGAGAGAGACGAGAGAGUAGGAAGGGAGAGUCAGAAAGACGAGAGAGAAGGAAGGGAGAGUCAGAGAGCCGAGAGAGAAGGAAGGGAGAGUCAGAGAGUCGAGAGAGUAGGAAGGGAGAGUCAGAGAGACGAGAGAGUAGGAAGGGAGAGUCAGAGAGACGAGAGAGUAGGAAGGGAGAGUCAGAGAGACGAGAGAGUAGGAAGGGAGAGUCAGAGAGACGAGAGAGUAGGAAGGGAGAGUCAGAGAGACGAGAGAGAAGGAAGGGAGAGUCAGAGAAACGAGAGAGAAGGAAGGGAGAGUCAGAGAGCCGAGAGAGUAGGAAGGGAGAGUCAGAGAAACGAGAGAGUAGGAAGGGAGAGGGGCUGAGGCUGAACCGAGUCAGG